AAUUAACUACUGCAAGCAAAGGUGAAGAAAAAAGCUUCACAAAAAAAAAAAAAAAACUGCAAAGUUGAAAACAUAUUCUUCAGUCAUCAGCUCACGAUGCGGUUCUUGAAUACUGAACAACUGGCUUUUAUAUUCGGUCUCUUAGGUAACAUUGUGUCAUUCAUGACGUUCUUGGCGCCAAUACCAACGUUUUACACAAUAUACAAGAAGAAAUCAUCGAAAGGGUUUCAAUCCAUACCUUAUGUGAUUGCCCUACUAAGUGCGACUUUAUUGUUGUAUUAUGGAGUCCUCAAGACAAAUGCUUAUUUGAUCAUCAGCAUCAACAGCAUCGGAAUCGUUAUAGAAGUUACUUACCUGAUCCUCUACAUUGUAUACGCAUCCAAGAAUGACAAGAUUACUACAUUGAUUUGGAUCCUGCUAGUAAAUGUAGCCGCUUUAGGGUUGGUGCUGGCAGUCACCUUCUUCCUUCUUGGAGGGACAGUGCGCAUAAGUGCCGUUGGAUGGAUUUGUGCCGUGUUUAACAUUGCUGUAUUUGCUGCUCCUCUAAGCAUUAUGAGGCAAGUAAUAAGAACCAAAAGUGUGGAAUUCAUGCCAUUUUCUUUGUCCUUUUUCCUGACACUUUGUGCCACCAUGUGGUUCUUCUACGGAUUUUUUACAAAAGAUUACUACAUUGCAUUACCAAACGUAUUAGGGUUUCUCUUGGGCAUUGCCCAAAUGAUCCUAUACAUGACAUACAAGACUUCAGGAAACAAUGUCGAAGAGAAAAAGAGUACUCAGGAGAUGAAGAAGUUGAGCUCGACCAAUCGUCCAAAGUUGGUGCGCAGCGUGAGUGAAUAUCCAAGAUCAGAUAAACUAAAUCAGAUUACGUAUGUCUACGAAGCAAACGAUGAACACGUAUAGUGCCCACAGUUUAAGCUCAAGAUUGAAGAUUUGAUAUAAAUCGAGCCUUAAUUUUCUGUUCACCCAUAGUGUAUAAUUCAUAUAUGAACAGUAGAUGGUAACAACUCAAGGAAUAAAGCCUUGCUGUGUACAUGCAAUGGUUUUAUUUACAGUCGAUAUGUGAUGCCUUGGUUCUGUGCAAUUCCAGAACUUUUCUA